CAAGGGUCAGAAGGCGGAGGCGCGCCCAAGAUGGCGGCCUCCAUGGGCGACGUGUUCUCUUUCUGCGUGGGCGUGGCGGGCAAGGCCCGGGUCGCGGUGGAAGUCCGUUUCGUAAGCAGCGCUAAGGGAAAGGGGCUGUUUGCCACACAACUGAUCCGGAAGGGGGAGACCGUCUUUGUAGAACGGCCCCUGGUGGCUGCACAGUUUCUCUGGAAUGCACUUUAUCGCUACCGAGCUUGUGACCACUGCCUUCGGGCACUGGAGAAGGCAGAGGAGAAUGCCCAGAGGCUGACUGGGAAACCAGGCCAGGUUCUGCCUCACCCUGAGCUGUGUGCUGUGCGCAAGGACCUCCACCAGAACUGUCCCCACUGUCAGGUGAUGUACUGCAGUGCAGAAUGUCGACUGGCAGCUGCUGAGCAAUAUCAUCAGGUCCUGUGCCCAGGGCCCUCCCAGGAUGACCCCCUGCAUCCUCUCAAUAAGCUGCAGGAGGCAUGGAGGAGUGUUCACUACCCCCCUGAGACUGCAAGCAUCAUGUUGAUGGCCCGGAUGGUGGCCACAGUGAAGCAGGCUAAGGAUAAAGAUCGUUGGAUCAGGCUCUUCUCCCAGUUCUGUAAUAAAACAGCCAAUGAGGAGGAGGAAAUUGUCCACAAACUCCUGGGGGACAAAUUCAAGGGCCAGCUGGAACUUCUGCGGAGGCUCUUCACAGAGGCCCUUUAUGAGGAGGCACUCAGCCAGUGGUUCACACCAGAUGGAUUCCGGUCUCUCUUUGCUCUUGUUGGGACCAAUGGCCAAGGAAUUGGGACCAGCUCCCUGAGCCAGUGGGUCCAUGCCUGUGAUGCUCUGGAACUGAAGCCUCAGGACCGAGAGCAGCUGGACGCCUUCAUUGACCAGCUGUACAAGGACAUCGAGGCAGCAACUGGCGAGUUUCUUAACUGUGAAGGAUCUGGCCUGUAUGUGCUUCAGAGCUGCUGUAACCACAGCUGUGUCCCCAAUGCAGAGACCACUUUCCCAGAAAACAACUUCCUUUUGCAUGUCACCGCCUUGGAGGAUAUCAAGCCAGGAGAGGAAAUCUGUAUCAGCUACUUAGACUGCUGUCAGCGGGAGCGCAGCCGCCACAGCCGCCACAAGAUCCUCAGAGAGAACUAUCUGUUUGUCUGUUCCUGCCCCAAAUGCCUGGCAGAGGCGGAUGAACCCAAUGUGACCUCGGAGGAGGAGGAAGAGGAGGAAGAGGAGGAGGAGGAAGGAGAGCCAGAAGAUGCAGAGCUGGGGGAUGAGAUGACUGAUGUGUGAUGUCACCCUGCCUGGAAGGGACCCUACCCCAGACCCUGCAGGAAAAGGGGGCCUUCCUCCCAAGAGAGGAAGCUUGGAAGGAACUCCCCAUUCCCCUUGCCUGGUUUCCCCCCCCCCCCCGAUUCCAGCUCUGUUUCUGCCAGAAGGUAGGACAGAGGCUGGACCCUAGGCCCUAGGCACUCACCUCCCAUCAGACCUCAUGCCCUAGACACUGCUGCUGAGUGGCUCAGGCUCUGUGCCGUCACUGAGCCUCUCAGAACUGCCCCCGCACGAUACACACACACUCUCCAGGUGUGAGCAGCUGCAGCCAAGGUCAGGCCCUAACAGUGUUCUUCCCCUUGGCCCCAUGGCCAUGCUUACCUGUCCAUCUGAGGCUUCCCCCUUCCAACCUGCUACAGAGGGGGUAAUAACGUGGCAAUCUGAGGAUGGCCUGACUGCACUGAAGAAGAAAGGAAGGAUGAGCUGCUUCUACUUUCUUCCUCACCUCCCACCCUUGUAGCUGCUAAGGCAACUGCCUGCUGCUAGCAGAGCGGGGAGAGGCAGGAAGGCACAGCUGGGCCUCUAGAGCAUCUUCCCUGAGGCUCUGUGCCGGGGACACUGAACCAGGGGGAUACUUCUCCCCACCCCCCCAUUUGGACAUCUGGGGCAGUAGAGAUUAACCCCAUCCCCAGACUCUGAAAUCUCUGUACCUUGUGCCUUGCCUACCAGGCCCUGGCACAGUGGCUGGCCACAUGGGGUAAGCAAGAGGCCUCUGCCUCCCUCAAGAGGGGCAUGUGGGGGAUCAUCACCCCUUCCUCACACUUUCCCACCGAGGACUCCAGCAGCAUGGCUGACACUGGGGCAUGACAGGCCUAUGCUCCUUAAUUUUGGAUGCUCAAGAGGCUUCCCUGGGACCAGUUUAACAUGGGUCUGUGAGGGGCUCUCUUGGCCUCAAUUUCCAUCUUUAGGGUCUUCAGAGAGGAACAUUGAAGUCUUCCAGAAAUCUAGAGGAGCUGGGCUAGAUUUUCUGAGAUAAGCCCUGACUGUAUCACCCUCCCCUUGGUUAGCACCACCCCUCACUCUUGGGUUGGAUGCUAUGGGAAUUAUAGACCAUCACUUGAGAUUUCUUUGCCUACCUUCCCUGGGGAGCCUGCCACACACCCCCUGAUGAGGGAUCUCUGGGAGGGCAGGUGCCCACCCCGUAGGUUGUCCUAGAUCAUGAGCCAGUUAGUGCCCACCUGUCUGGUAUAUCGGGUUCUUAACUCCUUCACAGCAGCCAGCACCCCCCACCCCCCCUCUCGCCCCUGCCUGCCCACUGUUCUUAAUAAAGUAUGAGUGGUGACAGGCCUCUGCAGGAAUGCUUCAUGGAGAAUGACUCAACAAGCUGUCUGGACACCCAGCAGUCACAUAGGUGGUGCAUAGGCAAUUGGCUUUAGACCAGGUGAUGGCAGGAGAUGGGAGCUGCAGCUUCUCAGUUUGGGCUCCUCUCUGCACUCUGCACCCACACUCUGCUGUGCAAAUGUUUCUAAAUGCCAAGAGCACAGGUCCUUUGAGUUCUAGUGUGGAUCCCCAGGACCAGGCUACUGGAAGAGUCUUCUCAGGGGACUGAACUAUGGCUUCCUGAGUUCUUGAGCAGGAAGCAGGCUGUUGGGAUCCAAGAUUAGCACCUAAGC